AAUAUGGGUUAAAGCUAAAUUACAGGAUAAACAAACCAAAAUUUACUGACGCAAUUUAGUGGUGUGUGUAAAAGAAACAAGGUUCUUAUUUUCAGGUGUUUACUGUAUUAUUCGCCACUCAAGUGCAAACCACCGCUGACCUUCAAUGACUUGGAUUCAGUUCGUGACCAUCGCUAAGUUCCGUCAUCAAAAACGUGCUAUAAUAUUUCGGUUAUUGUGUGCUCUGCUGCUCGUCAUAGUUUAUAUUUCCAGCAUUUAUUAUAUCCAAGAUCUUCGAUCUCGACUAUUUAACGUGAACAAGCUUAAUGGAAUAUUCGAAGUCGAAGUUAAUAAGAGGGAUUAGACGGAAGUGAUAACUAAAGAGUCACAAGCUGUAACUAGACUUUGGCUUAGUUAAGGAGAAACACAGUAAAGACAGUCAAAAUAAUGGCAAAGACAAAUGGUAACAGUUGCUGCACGAAGUGUUGCCAUUCUUGGGCGUCUUGUAAUCGCUGUUUCCAUGGCAUAUUCAAGAGAGUUUUUGGUGGACUAGGUCGUUGCAUUGCCAAUCACCCUUGGGUUACAAUAUUCCUGUGCUUGUGUAUCAUUGGUGCUUGCAGCGGGGGAUUUUAUAGAUUCAACUCAGAAAUACGAACUCAUAAACUCUUCGUGCCUCAAGACAGCCAAGCAAUGAAAGACUUGGAUAAAGCUGAGAAAAACUUCAAGUCCUUGAAUGCUAAGCAAGAGUUUGUUAUCUUCAUUCCACAAGAUGGUGGCAAUGUUCUUAGAAAAAACUGUCUUCAAGAUGUCAUUGAUUUUCAUGAGCAAAUCACAUCAAUGAAAGACUACGUGAAGUAUUGCCAGCCACGAGGUGGAAGCGCCGCAAAUUGGAGGUCAUGUAUCAUCACUAAUCCUCUUGAGAUCUUCAACUACACCACAAGCAACUUAGUGGAUAUUUCAGAAAAGCUAACCAAGGCAUACAAUGACAUUACCUUAACGCUACAGAACAACAAACCCGCAAGAUUUUCAUUCAGUCAAAUGCUUAGCAAUAUAAAGAUGAACAAAACAAGGUUUAUUGAAAGUGCAGAGACAAUUCAAGUGAGUUACUUGAUGCGGAACCCAACAAAAGAUGAAACAGAGAACGAGAAGGUUAUGGAAUGGGAAAAGAAGUUCAUCGAAAAACUCAAUUCUUUAAAAAGCAAAAUGUCCUGUUCUGAUCUUUUUUAUUCAGCAGAGCGCAGUCUUGAUGAUGCCAUUGCAGAGAGCAGCAGUAGUGACAUCGCUCUUAUUUCCGUCACAUUCACCCUUAUGAUAACCUUUUGUUGUGUGAUGCUCGGAAAGUUUCGAAAUCCAUUGAUAGGUCAUUCUCUCCUUGCUAACUCUGGUAUUCUUGCUGUUGCCCUAGGGAUUCUCUCAGGGUUUGGACUUACUCUGUACACUGGUUUUCCAUUUGUCAGUAUUGUCGGUGUCCUUCCUUUUCUAAUACUUGGUAUUGGAAUUGAUGAUAUGUUUAUAAUUGUGGACGAGAUGGAUCGAAUGGAUAACAAGAUGACGGUAGUCGAGACAGUGAAAACGGUCAUGGCGAACAGCGGAGCAACAGUUACAAUGACAACGGUUACCGAUCUUGUAGCUUUUGCUGUCAGCACUAGUACAGAGUUCCCUUCUGUCAAGUACUUUUGUGCCUACGCAGCCAUUUCCAUCACUUUUUCCUAUUUGUGGAUUGUGACGUUAUUUGUUGCUUUUAUGACGUUUGAUAUUCGAAGAAUCAAAAAUAACCGCCGAGAUUGUACGCCAAUCUGCUUCGCUCCUGCACCUAAAGUUGGAGACCCAGAAUGGGACGAACCACAGCCUCAAUCAUCCAAUAAGAUUAUGAAACUCUGGUCACGUUUUUUGAUGAAGAUACCAGUGAGGGUAGUAGUAGUGCUUCUUUCGAUGGGGCUCUUAGCUGCAGGGAUAUAUGGUACCUUACACAUCAGCGAACGUUUUGAUCGAAAAGUUCUUGCCAAAGAUGGUUCCUACUUCAAGCUCUUUAUUGCUAUGCAAGAAAAACACUAUGAGACAGGAAUCCCGGUCCAGAUAAUUAUUGAAGGCAAUCAAAAGUACGAGACRAAAGAAAUACAGGAUGAAGUUGUAAAACUGUCAAACAUUGUUGCUGAGAACAAGUUUUUUCAAAAUUCGACCAUUUCAUGGAUGAAGUCUUUCCAYGCGUUUGCACAAACUGCACGAUUAAAUACUACAGAGAGUUUCUUCCUCAGUUCAUUGAAUGUCUUUCUAAAUCAACCUGCGUACUCCCAUUUCAAGGAAGAUAUCAAAUUUUCAUCUGAUGGUAAAAGCAUCGAGACUUCUCGCCUCUCAUCUGUUACAAAACCAACUACAAACUCAAACGUACAAAAGGAUUUAAUGAUAUCGAUACGAAAAGACCUCAAAGACAAAUCAAAAUUGAAUGUGUUUCCUAUCAACAAGAACUUUAUCUAUUUUGAACAAUACGUAAUUAUUGGCGAGGAAACGUUUAGAAACUUGAUCAUCGCAGGACUUGCAGUAUUGGUGAUAACAUGGCCAUUUCUUCUAAGCUUUACUGUAACUCUACUGGUUUUUCUUGGUUUUGUGGCAUUGGUAGUUGAGCUAUUUGCUUUGAUGUUCAUUUGGGAUGUAACUCUCAACUCCGUUUCUAUGAUAAACCUUGUYAUGGCUAUCGGGUUUUCUGUGGACUACAGUGCACACAUUGCUCAUGCCUUUGCAACAUCAUCGGAGAGUACAGCGGAAGGCCGUGUAGAGCAUGCGCUAUCCACCUUAGGAGCAAGCGUGGUCAUGGGAGGAAUUAGCACGUUUCUUGGUAUGAUCGUCUUAGCCUUUGCAAAAUCAGAGAUWUUUCGUAUCUUCUUCAAGAUGUUCUUGGGUAUCGUGGUGCUUGGUCUUCUACACGGUCUGUGUUUUUUACCAGUCUACAUGUCCUUAAUUUGUAGAUGGAAGCCACAUUCAGCCAAGGUGCGUAACGAUGGAGCGAUGGAUAACCAUGAAAUGAGUCAUGAUAAUACUGCAUGUAACCAUGAYAACAAUGCAUAUAACGGCCGGACGCAAUUAAGCUCCACUCCACCAAUUUUCAAUAGCUAGUGAUAAUCACAAGACUCAAUGGUAGAAAGCGAGUUUUUCAAACUGAUAGACAAAGAUUUUCACAACACUAUUUAUCGUUUUUAAUCGUUCUCGUGAGAUUCAAAAGAUAAAAGACCGGCGGCCAUGUUGGAUGAGUGAACUAUUGAUACUAAUAAGUGAGUAAUCUUCAAUUUCCUAUUCUGUACUCACAUGUUUACUGCACUACAAAUUUUAUAAUCAAACACAACAGUUAUUGAAGAUAUAUUUAUCUGCUACGUCAAGACCUUGUUUCCAGGCCCUUAUCUCUUCGCUUGGGAACCCAAGGGCAUGGGGACGAGGUUGCCCCAAACGAGGUUAAAAUCUGAUAUUCAAAAUGGUAAAGAUUUAAUAAUGAGAAAUGUUUAAUAAUAUGAUUAAUGAGAAAUGAAUAACUGUAACCUAUACAGCAGAUGUAUCAAUAAAUUCUAUUAUAUAUCAAGUAACUAACAGCUGUAAUUAAAAUCGGUAAAUAAAUAAAUAGAUUAAGAAUGAUAAUCAUGGAAUGCCAUACAACAUAAAACCAGAUUAUCAAUAUCUUGUCCUGGAUCAUGUUUCUUAUUUUGAUGUUUUAUAGUUUCUACCCAUAAACCAUAGCGAGCAGUGCACGACAACAUUGGUUCCAAACGACUAUUUYAUGAAAGUGCAAUAUCUCAUGAAUAAGUUGGACAUUGUCGAAAAUUGAAGGCUCGUGUUUGAUGACACCAGUAGGCAAAUCAAAUAACAUUCUAAAACUCAUCCAUCUAUGUCUCUUGGCAACAAAACCAUUUUAGUUCAAAAGCAGACAUAUUCAAAUGUCACAUUUUAUUGAUGUUCCACCUCUAAUUCUCCAGACACAGUUAAGUUGUUGAUUUUUCAAUUAUACCAUCAAGCAAAUCCAAGCAAUGAGCAAUUAUAACCGACAAGCUUUCAUUUAAAAGUCCACACAAACACAAUGACUACAACCAAUAUGAUUAAAAAUUGUAUUCCCUGAAAAAA